UGAUUUAGAUGGAGUUGCUGUAGUGAGGUGAACUGAAAAACUGAUGAGCAGGAUCUUUUACCUGCUUCAGUGUGUCCAGGAGGCAGAUGGUCCAGGGCAGUUAAUGAAAGCAGGGCUGAUGUCAAAGGAAUUGUUUAUGUGAAUUAAGAUAAACCUGCGCAUACUUCUGAACACUGGAGAAAUGCCUCCUUACCGAUCCAAAACUCGGCACAACAAGGUUGGAAAAGAGAAAGCGUUGAAUCAUGAGAAAAAGGCAAGCUCCCCAGGAGAUUCAAAGAUCCAUUAUGGGAGACGGCGGGAAGGUAAGAGCAAAAGUCAGUUGAAGAACAAAGAGUCAUUCACAGAAAAAGAUGACAACCUUGAGCAAGACCAUUUAAAAACCCAAGGGCUGGCCAAGGAAAGCAAAGAAAAUGGCCACAAAGAGCUAUUCUGGGGGGAGAAAGCCUAUGAGAGAAAUGAUAAAAAAGAAUCUGGUUUGGGGAGAAAACAUGGAGAACAAUUAGUGCCCAAGUUAGAGAGGAAAAAAGCAAAGGCCUGCAAACCACAGGAGAUUACAUCAGUACAAGUAAGUGAGGACAGCAGUAAUAAGGAGGAAAAGAUUGCCACAAACAGCAAGAAACGUAGUUUUAAAAGGAAGCAUGGAAAACAUCCUGGUGUUAUUGAAAAAGUCAGUGACUCAGAGUCUGUAGAAUCCUCUGCAGUACUAAGUGUUGAAGGCUCUUUUCAGAAACAUGACUUGCCACAGAAGGCACACAAUGCCAGGCAUAGGAAGAAGCACAAUGAGGAUCAUGGCAUAAGGAAGGCUUCUGAGCGGAAGUCAGGUUCUCAGUUCCAAGGCAGAAUAGCAAGGGAAAAAUGUAAGAGAAUGGGGAAAAAGCAAGUUGGAAAAUGUACCCAGAUUACGGUCACUGAAAGGGCAGAGGAAAAGUUCCUGGAAACCUCCAAUAACUCUGGUUCUGACUCCAGCAAUGAAAGUCAUUGUGCCUAUAAAAAAGAGACUUCAGUGGACAGCACUGCAAGCAGCAAAGAGAAGAGUAACACUUCAGAAGAUAGCACCAGUGAGAAAGAAGCUAUGCUGGAAGAUACUCUUGUGGCUGAAGGAAAAGGCUACAAGGAGCUACUCGGUGAAAGCAAUGAAGCAUCGUGUAAGACUGAAAGAGAGCAGGUGACCACAGAUGGAAGGAAAGAAUCUGAGGAGGAAGGCACUUGCUUUGCAGGAUUAGAGGCGGAGGAGAAAAUGAGGAAGCAAGAUGACAUGCCAAGACAUCCAAAAUCUACUUCAGCUGAGAGCAGUGAGGAAGAUGAUGAUGAUGCGAGCAUUUCAGGAUCCCAACUCAUAAGUCCUAAAAACAGAGAAAAUGGUAAUACCACAGGAAGCAAGGAAAAUAUGUUAGAAAAUGACAAGGUUCAGGAUAUGUCAAAAGAUGAACAUGAUAAUGCUAGUGACAGUGGGGAGAACAACACUGAAGUGAACGCUGGAAAGGGAAAAGAAAGGGCAAGAAGAAAACCACUGCCUAGUGCUGUGAAAGCAAAACUCCCCAUUAGCAAAGUACUUCAGGGAACGGAACGAGAAAAAAAGAUGAAUGAUGAAGGCAGCACACUGAAAGACAGCUCUCUGCUUUUCAAACAGCAAAUGACAUUGAAAGAGAAAUGCGUGAAGUGUGAGACUGCAGGACAAGGUAAAGCGGUAGGACAUGUACAGAGGGGUGGUUCUUCAGACUGCAGCAAGCAGGAGGUAGCAGCGAUGAUGCUUACAAAGAAAUACCCUUCUCAAUCCCAAAUCCUCCUCAAUCUGAAAAGCAAACAUAAAAAUGCUGAGACCAAACUAUUAACAAGCUGUAAACCAAAUCCUGUCCAGAUGGCUUUGGAAAGCAGCUCUGAAUUGAAAAAUGUUGAAAGCGUCUGUUCAAAACCUACAACUCUACAGACCUUCGGUACACAGAAGGAACCCAACAAAGCUCAGAGUUUAGGAGAUAAAAGAUUAAGCCUUUCAAGUGUGUCAAGCUGCUCCUCUAUUACAAAAAAAUCAUCUGAUAAGCAGCACCUUGGCAAGAAGAAAGUUGGAAAGGUUACUGGAAAAAUUAAACUGGGUUCAUGCCAGACUUUUGAGGCAAAAAAAGAGAAAGAAGAAAUAGUUACAGAGGCACCUUCUGCAAAAACAAAUGUGCGUGAUGGGAAAGGAUCCAAGUACUUGCACACCACCCAUUCUACUUUUAGAAAAGUCACCACCCGGCUUGGUCAAAAACCUUCCAAGAAAGCAAGCCUGAAAGCUCGCCUUUUGAGCGUGGCACGUGCAAUUGGUAUUUCAGGAUGGCUCUUGAAGAAAUUUGGGAAGAGGAAGAGGAGCAGUAAGCCUUUCUGGCUGAGAAGUAGAAUGGCUAUCAGGAUUGUAAGUACUGCUGGGUGGGUUGGUCAGUCUGACAAAACCUGCCCUGACGUAGCCGGACAGCUGGGGAGGGGUGAGAUGAGUGACAACGGAUCAUCUCCUCCAUUAGCAGAUGGGAGAGGGGGCUUUAAAACAGCAGAGGAACUGGGACAUACUGAUUUGCCUUCUGGUGAUUCCCCUCUUCAUGGAACUGGUUCCUUUCCAUACUCACUUAGCUUGGAUGAGGACAAGAACAAUAUUCCUGAUGCCAAGUUCGCUAUAGUUCUCCCCAGAAUGCACAGCAUGGUUAAGUCAAAGACCUCCUUACCUGCAGGCUCUGGAUAUGGUCGUUCCCUAGAGAAACUGAGAGCUCUAUCAGAUGGAAAACCUGUGAUGCCUGUGCAACAGGGCUGCGGAUUCAAGUGUGACCUUCCCAGAUCUUUGAUGGAUCAAAGCCUUCAGAGAAACAGCGAACAAUAUUCCUGCAAUAGUGAAAUAUUUGCACCAACAAGUACAGGUCAGGUGACAUCUACUGCAACCCAGCACAGAGUGACCAGCCUUCUGAGCUCCUUGCCCCAGCAGAUAAAAACAGCUGAGAGUGCUGCCACGUCCCAUUUGUCCACUGGGCAAACUUUGCAGCCUCACCACAAAGACGCUCACCUUUCCCUUUCUUCAAAAGCAUCUGGAAAUUAUUGUUGUCCAGGCUUUCUUCCACCUCAAGAAGAGCAUCCAACAUGUACAACAGAAUAUUCCAGGGAGGUGGAUGUCAAAGAGAAUUCAGGAGGCCUCCAGACUGCAAGUUCCAAAGCCAUACCUUGUGUUCACUGGUCCCAGCAGCAGGCUCAGGGAUGUGAUCCUGUGGCAUGGCUGAACUCUGAAUUGCUGCUCCCACAAAUCACCAUUGAGAACCUCAGCAAGUGGGCCAUCUACAAGGAUCCACAUCUGGCCAACAGCCAUGUGGUGAAAGUCUGCAAGGAUCACUGGGAGGCAGAAGACAUCACUGACAGUAUGCUGGAGAUGGACUUCGUGCAGAAACAGGUGUACGUGGGUGAAGACCACAGAGUAGAAGUUGAAGAGAUAGAAGAUCUAACCAGACUGGAUGGACACAGUGGCUCGGGUAAAACAGAAGCUGCCAAAGCAAUUAUGCGAUACCUGACUAUGCUGUACCAGAGAUCAGAAGGCCACAGGAUCAGGCAGCCUUGCAAUGUCCUACCCAUCCUGGAGAGUUUUGGGAAUGCCAAAACCAUCCUCAAUGACAACUCAAGUCGUUUUGGGAAGCUUCUGAACAUCCACCUGCGACAUGGGGCCGUGGUGGGAACAUCCAUCUCCCAGUACCUGCUGGAGAAGUCUCGUGUGGUAUUUCAGGCCCACGGUGAGAGGAACUACCAUGUUUUUUAUGAGCUACUGGCUGGGCUGCCUGCGGAGCAGAAAGAGGAGUUGUACUUACAAGAGGCAGAGUCAUACUUUUACCUGAAUCAGGGCAGAGCGUGUGACAUCGCGGGGAAGGAGGACAGUGAGGACUUUCUGGUCUUGGUGCAAGCUCUGGAGGGAAUCAGCCUCUCGGACGAUCAGCUGACCUCCACCUGGACGGUGCUGGCUGCCAUUCUGCAGCUCGGGAAUAUCUGCUUUACCUCCUAUGAGAAAGAAUUCUUUGAACAUGCAGCUAUCGCCAGUGAUACUGAGAUUCAGAUCGUGGCCAAUCUGUUGCGUGUCUCCGCAGAUUUCCUACAAAGUGCUGUGACUCACCGUGUCACUGUGACAUGUUAUGAUCGGAUCUUCACACCUCUGUCUGUAGAAGGAGCCAUUGAAGCCAGGGACUCCAUCGCCAAGACUCUGUAUUACCUGCUCUUUGAGUGGCUGCUGCUGAGAAUCAAUGAGUGGUUGGCUCCCUGGGAAUCGGACUGUGCUGUAGGCAUUGUGGACAAUCAUGGUUUUGAGGAUCUAGGUGUGAACAGCUUAGAGCAAUUCUGCAUCAAUUUUGCCAAUGAGCGUCUCCAGCAUUUUUUCAGCCAGACUGUCAUUGCCCAGGAAGAGGAGGAAUAUAGCCAAGAGCAGUUAGUUUGGAUUCCUGUCUCCAAGAUGUACGAUGAGUCAUGCCUAGAUGUCAUUGCUGCAAAACCCCAUGGCAUCUUGUGUAUCCUGGAUGACCAAACUUCACUUACUCAGGCCACCGACCACACUUUCCUCCAGAAGUGUCAUUACCAUCAUGGAAACAGCCCUUGGUACACCAAGCCCAAGCUGCCUUUGCCAGUCUUCACCGUGAAGCACUAUGCAGGCCCUGUCACCUAUCGGGUCCACAAGUUUAUUAAUAAAAACCGUGACCAGCUGCGUCUAGAGGUGCUGGAUAUCUUCUCCCAGAGCCGCCUCAAGGUGGUGUCUCACAUUUUCCAGAAGGCUAAAGCUACCUACAGUCAGCAAAGGGAUCUGGGGGCCAGGGGCAAAGGGCUUAGGCCUCGGGCCUCUACACUGGUUUCCAAAUUCCAGGAGUCUUUGCAGGACCUCACAGCCAAGCUGAGAAGGAGUCAUACCUUCUUCAUCCGGUGCAUCACUCCUAAUCCUAAGAAGUUGUCAAAUCUCUUUGAUGUGGAGUACGUCACUUGUCAGCUGCGGCAUUCUGGGAUACUGGAGGCCAUCCACAUUAAAAAGGAGGGAUACCCAGUCCGUCUUCCAUUCCAGAACUUCCUAGCCAGGUAUGGCCUCCUGGCUGGGCGAGGGCACAGCUGCUUGGAGAAGAGAGAAGUCUGUGUGGCAGUGCUGUCUCGUGUGGUGGGGAACCCCUCAGAUCUCUAUCAGAUUGGAGUAACAAAGGUCUUUCUGAAGGAGAAGGCCAGGCAGCUGCUGGAGAGACAAUGGAACCUGAGGCAGAGCUGGGCCGUUGUUACCCUCCAAAGGAAUUUCCGAUGCCUCCUCCACCGCAGGCGCUUCCGUGUCCUCCAGGAGAAAGUCACAAUCAUUCAGGCUCACUUCCGAGGUUAUCAGGCAAGGAAGCGGUACAGGAGGCUGAAGAGGACUUUGGUGCAGUUUAAUACCAUGGUUUUAAUCUCUAGACAUUUCAUUCAAAGGAGGAAGCACUGCCAGCAGCAAGAGUUAGAGGAAGGAAAGCAAAGGAGGAGAUCCCUGGCCAGUGGUGACAGGGAGAACGGUCUCAGCCAAGGAAUGGAUGUUGGACUUCUGGAGAUCCCUGCAGAGCUUGCUGCCCUGCUGCAGGUAGCUGAAGGUCAGUAUAGAGGACAGGCCAACCAGAUAACUGAGGCAUUACCUCCAGAAGUCAAGAUCAAAGAUGACAUCUCCCUCCCAUCCUCCAUUAACAGCUAUCCUUUCUCCUCCUUCAUUAAGUCACACUUCCAGAAGACAGACUUCCCUGCCCCUGGCCAUCCCCUGCAGCACCCCUUAACCCGUUUGGAAGCUGAAUACCAGGAGAGUGCACUUGAGAUCAACAAACUGAUUUUACGGUUCAUUGGCGACCAGAAUCUCGAUGGCUGGCAGGAAGUACUUCUGGGCAACUACAUUGCUAGGAAAGGUUUGGAUAACGUGGCUCUGCGCAAUGAAAUCUUCAGUCAAGUGGUCACCCAGACAUGGAAGAACCCAGAUGUGGAGCACAGCCAGCGAGCCUGGGUCCUGAUGACGAAUUUACUGAGCUCUUUUGCCCCUUCACCGGCACUGGAGAAGCCAUUGCUGAAAUUUGUGUCAGAUCAUGGCAUGGAUGGCUUCAAUGCUGUUUGCCAGCGUAAGAUCUUGACAGCAGCACAGCACACAGACUCUGUGUUCUCCCGAGCCUACCCUCCCACUCAGCUGGAGUGGACUGCGAACCAGAGGAAAGGGAAGAUGGUGCUGGAUGUUCAUACCUUUAAUGAGGAGAAGUUCUCAGCUGAGGUGGAGUCCUGGAUGACCGGGGAGCAGUUUGCAGGCUGGCUCCUAAGUGCAAGGGGCUGUGAUAAAAAGUCUCGAGGCUGGUCUGUCUCCAUGUUUACUGGCAACACGUGGCAGGACUUGCUGGGCUGUGACUUUGUGCUGGACCUCAUUGGAGAGAUGGAAGAUGUCAGCAAACCCAGCAGCCCCUCUCAGUCCUCAGGUGGAUACCCUAUCACACCUGAAAGGGACAGAAACUUCUUCAUAAACUCUGCCAUGGAUUCGAUUCCCCCUGCUCCAGGUAUCCAGGCCCCUACCUUUCCACCACCAAGCCUGCCUCCAGAGUUCAGCAAUGCCCGUCGAGAUUCAAGAUUCAGAGAUGGCAGGGGGGACCAUGUAGGCUUGGAUCUCUAUGUGGAUGAUCUCUUCAGCACUGUACUGCAUCAAGGCCCCAGAGUACCAGAUUUGGAGAACAGGGAGAGUCUGACUGGACGCAUGAAGGGAGGUGGGAAGAUUGGACCCACACAGAGAGGAAUGUUUCCUUCUACAGGCUUCCCGGGAACGAUGCAAACACCAGCUUACCAGCCCAUGCCUUCGAUGAUGGGGAUGCCAGCUGCCAUGCCCAUGAUGCCAGGGGCAGGUGGGAUUGCACCUAUGCCAGCCAUGGUUAUGCCCCAGCCUGUGAUGCCAGCUGUAGAUCCCAGUCAGUUAGCAGCACAGCAGCAAGCCUUUAUCAACCAACAAGCCAUGCUCAUGGCCCAGCAGAUGACCCUUCAAGCCAUGACCCUUUCCCAGCAACAGCAGCAGCAACAGCAGCAGCAACAGCAGCGGCGGCAACAGUCUUAUGAGAGCUCGAGGCCAAGAGCCUCAAGUCCACCACGAGCCCAGGCCCCAGCCACUCUCCCCAAACCCAAGACGUCUCCCAGCAGCCAGAGUGCUACACCACCACCACCGAAGGCUCCAGAACCACCAGCUCAGGAAGAAGUGAUUGAUGACUACAUGGAAGACCAGUUCUCUGACAGUGAAGAUGAUGACAAUCCUCGUGAAACUUUCCAGCAGAAGCGAGCAUAUUUUCAGAAGAUGGGAGAGCAAAAGAUCCUAGUGAAGAAAGUCAGGCCGCCUUCUAAAGUCUGGACCCCUCCAGCUAAUCCUCAGCCAAAGCAUGAGGAGAAGGAAGAGGAGGAGAAGAAGGAGAAUACAGAAGAGAAGCCCAGCCCUAAAACAGAGGCAGCUCCUGCUCCCCCUUUGCCACCUCCUGAGCCAAAGCCAAAAAAGCAGACGCCAAGAGCAAAGAAGGAGCCACCAGUAGUGAAACCUUCGGGCCCUGGGUCACGACCUGAACCAAGCCGAGAGAUCCGCAACAUCAUCAAAAUGUACCAGAGCAGGCCAGCUCCCGAGCCCCAGCCCAUUGAGCCCGUCAGGAGAGUGUCCAAACCAUUUAUGAAGAAGAAUGACCCCAAAAAUGAGGCACUGGCCAAGCUAGGGAUGAUGAAUCUCAAUUCUCCCAAAUCACCUCCACCCCUACCACAAGAGAAGAGUCCCAAAGGGGCACCUCCACCUACCAAGCCCAAGCCAGGAUCAGCUUCUAGCUCUAUCAAGGAGAAACAGUUGCCUCUCCUGUCCAUCUUCAGCCAGCCAUCAAGUACCCCACCAGAUUCCCAGGCCCCUCUUGCUCCCCCUGUUCCCCCACCUUUGCCCGCAUCUCUUCUGCCUGGGAACCAAGGCUCGCAGGAAUCCACAGCGAAGGGCUCUACUUCAAUAGAAGAUGAUGGUAUCAAGACCCAGCUGUAUAAGCUAACUGCCAGUGUCAGCUUUUCCUAUGACAACCCUGCCUGGAAAAUCUUUCUACGCAAAGAGGUGUUUUACCCCAAAGAAAACUUCGGUCACCCUUAUUGUCUGAACUUGCUGUGUGAACAGAUCAUGCGUGACACCUUCUCUGAUUCCUGCCUUCGGAUCUCCAGAGAGGAGAAGCGCAAGAUGAAAGACCUGCUGAUGGAAUUUCGGGUUGGCAACGAUGUCCAGUCCAUUCAGGAGGAUGGGAUAAAGAAGAGGAUUGUACUGGCUGCUCGGGAUAACUGGGCUAACUAUUUCUCCCGCCUUUUCCCAGUUCAUGGUGAAGAUGGAAGCGAUGUCCAGAUCCUGGGUGUUUCUCACCGAGGCCUGCGGCUGCUGAAAGUAGUGAAAGCAGCUGGUUAUACUCCUGAGCACCUGAAGACCCUUUGCAGCUACAGCUUUGCAGAUGUGCUGUCAGUGGAGCUGAAGGGCAGCAAUGCCCUGGAGUUCUCUCUGAAGACAGAACAGCUCUUUCUGCGCUCUCAGAAAGCUCCAUGCAUCAAGGCCAUGGUGGAAACCUUCAUCCAGCAGCUGAGGCAGGAUACCAACUAUGUCAUUGCUUUGCGCAGCUAUGUCACGGAUGAUAAGAGCCUCCUUAGCUUCAAGAAGGGUGAUCUCAUCCAGCUACUGCCCAUGCAAGGCCUGGAGCCAGGCUGGCAGUUUGGCUCCACUGGUGGCCGCUCUGGUAUUUUCCCCACCAACCUGGUACAAUUGGCUGCAGCCCCAGAUUACCUCAGCACCAGCAUGGAUAGAGUUGGAGGGCUGCGGAGGAGCAUGAAAGCUUCUUCGGAGGGCAGGAACACUAGCAGGGAGGGUUCUGUUCCCAGCGUGAUAUCAGAAAACAGCAGCAUCAUGUCAGUCCCUUCCGGUGAUCAUUAUACCAUGAUGGAUUUUGCCACAGCCUACUUCCGAGAGGCUCAGUCCAUGUUGGGAUCGAAGGGGAUGCCUGCUGAAAAGAAGAGUGUAGCUGACCUGGUCCAGCACACCAAGGUCCCAAUCCAGGCGUCUUUGCUCCAGUACUCUGAUAUUGAACUGAAUGAACUUGCUACGAAAAACUUCCUAACUCUGAUGCGGUUCAUGGGAGAUCAGCCAAAACUCAAGAACCAGAAUGACAUUCAGUGUAUCCUUGAAAUCCUUCAGCUGUGCAAGGAGAAGGAGAAUUUGCACGAUGAAGUUUACUGCCAGGUCAUCAGACAGGUCACUCUCAACCAUAAUGAGGAGAGUGUGCUGCGUGGUUGGCUGCUCCUAAACCUGCUCACUGGGUACUUCCUCCCUUCCAAAAUCCUGAUGCCCUACGCCACCAAGUUUCUGCAGCAAGCCAGCAGUGAUCCGUCCAGCACUCACCAUGAUAUAGCCAAGAUCUGUCAGAGCAACCUGCAGAAAAAUGUCAUGUAUGGAGGUCGUCGCCACCUUCCUUUCCCGGUGGAGUUAGAGGCAUUGCUGAAAGGACGUGGUGCCCGCCGGCUAGAGGUAUCAAUGCCUGGAGGAGUGGACUACAUUGCCCGAAUCAGGACAUUCACUGUGGUCAAGGAGCUCAUGCAGGAGAUCUGUGAGCAGAUGGGGGCAAGCGAGCCAGAAGAGAUGCAGGAAUUUGCUCUUUUUGCCAUCAGGAGUGCCAGCAAUAAUAACGGCAAAAUGGCAAGGCCGAUGAGAACAGAGGAAUAUCUUCAUGAUUACUUGCUGGAGGACGCGUUGGUGACUGUGGGUUUACGCAGACUCACCUGGAAGACACCUCUGCACUUUGAGAACAAAAUUUAUAUUGAUGUGCAUUAUGGACAGGUGCUGUGGGAUUACCUGAAUGGGAAGAUGCUGCUGAGCUAUAAUCAAGAAUUGGAGAUGCAGUUGGGCAUUUUGAUUCUGUUCCAGCACUGGGCCAAAACACAGCAGGAGAGUUCUGUUCCCUCCAGGGAGGAGCUGAAGGAGUACAUACCAAAGCCUUUGCAGUCCCAAAUCAACCCCCACACUCUGCAGAACCAUCUUGGGAUGCAGCUGAGAACCAGGCAGCCACUCCAACCACUGGAUGCAAAAAUCCAGUUCAUAGAGCACGUGAUGAAAUUGCCCUUCUUUGGCUACACCUUCUACUUUGUAGAGAGAGUCAGUGACAGCACAAUCCCUGCGCCCUGCUAUUUUGGUGUGAAUAAUGAACAGAUCAUUGCAGUGGAUAACAUCACCCAGGCAGUCUCUCUCGUCAUCCAACUGAAAGAGCUGCAGAAGAUGCGAACCCUGAGGCCUGUCUCUGAUGGUGGGCUUCCUGGCAUAGAACUGAACUAUGGCUCGGCCGCCAGCCCCAGGUCUCUAUGGCUUGAACUGUCACAGGCUAAAGAAAUGUAUCACACGGUUGUUGUCAUCCUGGAUAAAACAGAUUUACAUUCCUAAAGACUAAGGAGAAGAACAACCAAGCAAAACAGCACCAGUGUCCUUUGAGCUUGUUCAGUGCUCCCUGCCUGUCCCCUGGAGAGGUCUGUCCCAGAAACAUCCCUGAUCUCACACAGCUGCUUUCUAAGACUGCCACCAUGGUGAUGGUGUGCUUGUUGAUGGGUUGGGCCGUAAUCUCACCCCUUGUGACCUGCUGUUCAGUCGCCAAGUCCUCUUCCUUGAAGCGAUGCUUGCACUGGUUGAACACCCACAGGACACCCUUUCCACUCCAUUGCUUCUUCAUCGCCUGAUCCAGCACAGAGCAGCUGAACAGAUGCAAGCAACUGCCUUCAAGCUAUGCACUGUGGGACUGCUUUUUCUUUUUUUUUUUUUUUAAAAAAAAUGAGGCUCAUGAGCAAAGACUGAUGCUUGCUAGAGAUUUGUGUAUCAGAAAGCAAAGCCAGGGUUAUGAAAUGACUGCACUGGCUGCUGCCAUCUUCCAUAGACCAGAUUCUUCUCUCUAUCGAUACGCAAGAAGCCCUGUAGCAGGGUUUGUGAAGCAGGAGCUUGUAGACAGCAUCUUAAUUGCAAAGCAGAUCAGUGUUAAUAUACAGUUGCUACAUCCGCUAGGGCACAGAUUGAGCUGCAAUGGUAAGAAUGUUUGUUGUUAAUUAAUUUAUUACUGACGUAUGCAUAUACUUAGUUUUCCUUCUGCUAUAAAGAAGUCAAUCAUGUCCAUGAAGCUGUCAUACUUACAUCGUGGUUCCAUGCUCAUGGAGAAAGUGUAUUCAAGGGGAACUGGUAUGACAGUAUAGGAGAGUGUCUUGAAUUGUAUAAAAACACUUAAUUUAUUUUUAAUGCUACAGCCAGCCUACUGAACUAAAAGGUUUAUUACAGGAGACUAAUAAAAGAAUUGCAUAAUAGCUAUUUUGAAACUA